UGAGACUUACAGGGCACACUAGAAUCGACCGUUUCUUGUUAUUUCUUAAGGACCUCCUUCCCUCCCGUGGCCCCUGCAUUUGUUUGCAGUUAGCAGUUCGUGCGUUUCUUUUCCUUUUAUCUCCCAAAUAAGUGAGAAGAGGAACCAAAUCACAGAGAGAGUGAAAAAAGCUAAAGAAAACCAAUUGGAAAAAGGGCAUGUUCUACUCACAGUGCCUCCUAUCAAGGAAGGGGCCUUUGGGCGCCAUUUGGGUUGCCGCUUACUCUUUCAAAAAGCUCAAGAAGGCGCAGGUCACUCAGACUGACAUCUCCUCCUCUGUUGAUAAAAUUUUGCAGGAUGAAUGGGAUGUUGUUGCGUACAGGGUUCUCGCCUACCUUCUUCUUGGUGUCGUUCGAAUAUACUCGAAAAAGGUUGAAUAUCUGUUCAAUGAUUGUAAUGAAGUGCUGAUUAAAAUCAACAAAUUUGUGGUUAGUACAAAAAAGAAUGCAGAUGCAGACAAGCUGUGGGCGCCUAAUUACUCUGUUACUCUACCUGAUAGAUUUGAACUUGAUGCUUUUGAUCUGGGGAUCCUUGAAGUUGCAGAUGUCAGUGGAUGCAAUGUGGUGUCCCAUGAAGAUAUCACACUUAAAGAUUGUGCAAAGGGGAAUGGAAUUGGACAAUUUUAUUCAGAAAUGUAUGAUUAUGAGGAAUUUGGUGUCUGUGACAAUACUUCCUCUGCUGAUUUCACCCCAAUCAAAGAUGUACUUUCAUCUUACAUGUUGAACUUUGACAUGGAGUUAAGAACAUCAAGUAAUGGAGCCAACUCAGAAGCAUUUAUAGAGUUUCAAGGGAACAGGUUCUCUCAAGAAGAAUGCGCAGACCUAGAAACAUUUUGUGGAGUUCAGGAAGAACCUCCAAACCAAGUUAUUUCAUAUGGAGAAGAUCAAGAAACUAAUAGAGAGCAGAUAAAGGCUCCAGAUAUAGCACCGUCUGAAUAUGGAAUUCAAGGAGAAUCAAGCAUGGAAAAGAUUCAAGACCUUACGUUGUCUCAGGAAGGUUUGAACCUUGAGACAGUCUAUUCAGUCUAUGGGACUGAGAGAGAACCUUCCUACUAUGUUAGAUCAUCCAGUGAAGAUCAUCAAAUUGAUCGUGAGGAGAUUAUGGAACCAGAGUUGGUGCAACCAGAAAAUCAGACGUGUCAGAUUAUAAGACAAGACAAUAAUCUAAUUGCCUCAGAAGCUAACAUGGAAAAACUGCUAAGAUGUACAGUUUCUCAAGAAGAGUACAUGGACCUUGAUAUGUUUCUUGGGGCGAAGCAAUCUCGAGAACUUGUUUGUUCAUCUGGUGAAGAGAAUCAUAUUGACAGAGAGCCAAUAAAAUUGCCAGAGACGAGUUCGCCAAAAAGUAUAGAACACCAAAUUAUUGUGCAAGAAGAUCCCGAUCCUCUCUCUGUUGAAUAUGAUGGAACUCCUGGUGCCAAGCUCCCCGGUGCUUUAGGUAUUACUACACCAAAGUUUAUGGUUAUUCGUACACCAGCUACUAAGGAAUAUGCUCGAAUUUCUAGGAAAAGAAAAUGUGUCAUUGAUGAUAUGACAGUGCUGCCUAAUGAGGUAAUCCGGCGAAGCAUACAUGAUGCAAGUGACUUGGUUUCUAAAAGAAGAAAAGUUCCUCAAACUGCCCUUGCUGUUUGGAAAGCCUGUCAAAUUGGAAUUCUAACCCAUGAUUUAUUGGAGCCAUUGCUACCUGCUGGUGUUUCACAAGAACUUAAAUCCCUGUCCUGCAAAAGGAAAUUAAAGAUUGUAGAACCUGCUGAAACUGUUGGAACUCCAGAAAAGUUAGAUGUGUUGGAAUCUCCAAGUGUUGGUAGGUCAGAGCAAAUAGAAAUUGCACCAGAAACGCCUGUUCGUCGCUCACAAUCAAUGAAAUCAUUUGACAGUCCAAACAGCCCUGAAGCUCAUGAUGUGGAUAUAGUAAGACCUGAGCCAUCUGGAAGGAUAGAGGAAGAGCCAUGCCUGAGCAGGGAGCAAGCUGACCCACCUGAAAGUUUAGAAGAAGUACCAUUUUUGGACAGGGAUAUAUUAGGACCUGGGCCAUCUGGAAGGAUAGAGAAAGAGUCAUUCCUGAGGGAUCAAGCUGACCCAUCUGGAACUGUAGAAGAAGUACCAUUUCUGGGCAGGGAUCAAGAACAUGAUUUCAAUCUGCUGAACGAGGAGAUUGAUUUAUGCGAAGAAGCUAACCCUGAAGUGGAUGGAUGGUCAGGAAGAACCAGAGUAGUUGCAAGGUACUUGCAGAGACACUUUCCGAAUCGUAAAAAACGAGGAGAGGAGGAAGUGAACUUGUUGCAGGUUUCAGAAGGAAGAACUAAGAGAGAAAGUGCAAGGCUAUUUUAUGAGAUACUGGUGUUGAAAACUAAAGGGUACGUGGAUGUGAAGCAAGAUGAUGCGUAUGGUGAUAUUCUGAUCUGGAAACGCCCCAUCUGGGACCAAACGUGGGGAGACGAUAUGGUUAACAGAGGCACCUCUAAAACUAUGUAUUUAUGCGCAUAGAAUUUUCUAUGCUGCAUAAAUUGUAUACCACCACCACAGUAGGUUUUUUUGUACGAAGUUAAUUAGUCAUGUAAAGUUAGCCUCUAUUUUGAGUGGCUUUUCCUUAGAACAAUGUCAGAAAGACGGGCAUGUGAUAAUGCCCCCAACAAAAUAAAGUUUCAAAACUUUCAU